AAAAGAUCGCUCAUUUCAACCUCUUUUUCCGCCAGUUUCAAUGUUACGAUGGGAUCUCGACGAAUUCAUGAUUUUUAUAUUACCCGGUGAUAACAGCGGUUCUGAAGCCGCAAUUUGCUUCGACAUCGUCCGCAAUGCGCCGAGUCACAGCCUUUAGAGGCCACGGGCUUGAAGCCGCGGCAUAUGAUAUAGCUUCAAAACAGCUGUCAAGGACAACUCCCAUAGCAGAUGCAGGUCGAUUUCCAGCUCGCGCGCCAUUCCACACUUCUCACAGAGUCUCUUCGAGCUUCAAUGCACAACAAAAGCCGUCGCAAUCGUUGUUGAAGCCAGUCGCUCAACCGCUUACCAACAAGAUUCUCGGACGCUCGCAGCUUGGUCUAUCUUCACCAUGGCGACCCGCAAUUGCACAAUUACGACCUUUUAAUAGCACAUCGCAUCUACGGGAUACGCCGAAGGAGACAGACCGGCAGGACUUGAUUGAGAAAGAGAAAGCUAGACGAGAAGAGGAAGAAGAAGAUCUUCUGGAUGAGCAAGAUGGGUUUCGAAAGAGCGAGAAAGCAUCCAAGGCGGCACAAGUCAAUCUGAGCGCACGAUUAUCGAGCCCAAAAGGACAAGGAAAUUCAGCGGGGUUCGGAGAGAUAUGGAGAUUGAUCAAGAUCGCCAGACCGGAAGCAAAAUGGCUGGGUUUGGCCUUUUCAUUCUUGUUAAUUUCCUCAACAAUUACGAUGUCGAUACCAUUUUCCAUCGGAAAGAUCUUGGAUCUUGCCACCAAGGACCCAGCUGAAGGAAAUACGUUGUUUGGCCUGGACAUCUCACAAUUCUACCUUGCUCUUGGUUGUGUUUUGACCUUGGGUGCUGCUGCAAAUUAUGGAAGGAUCAUCAUUUUACGUAUUGUUGGAGAGAGAAUUGUUUCCAGGCUUCGAUCUCAACUCUACAGACGAACAUAUGUGCAAAACGCCGAAUUUUUCGAUGCAAAUCGAGUCGGAGAUUUGAUAUCCCGUCUUAGCUCGGACACCGUCAUCGUUGGAAAGAGCAUCACGCAGAAUCUGUCAGAUGGUCUAAGAGCUAUCGUGAGUGGUGGAGCUGGAUUUGCAGCUAUGGCCUGGGUCAGCUUGAAGCUCACGAGUAUUUUGUGCUUGAUGUUCCCACCUGUUGCCAUUGGUGCCUUCUUCUACGGCCGAGCGAUUCGAAAUCUCAGUCGAAAGAUUCAGCGGAAUUUAGGAACGUUGACAAAGAUUGCGGAAGAGAGACUCGGCAAUGUACGGACUAGUCAAGCUUUUGCUGGUGAGAUACAAGAGGUUGGACGUUACAAUCAUCAGGUCAAGAAGAUCUUCUCGCUGGGAAAGAGAGAAGCCAUUAUCAGUGCGACAUUUUUCAGCUCUUCAGGAUUCCUGGGGAAUAUGACAAUUCUGGCUUUGCUUUACUCCGGAGGAUCGAUGGUUAAGAGUGGGGUCAUCAGUAUUGGUGACUUGACUUCGUUCUUAAUGUAUACUGCCUACGCAGGUUCCAGCUUGUUUGGAGUUUCCAGCUUCUACUCGGAGCUUAUGAAGGGAGUCGGAGCUGCCAGUCGUCUUUUCGAGCUACAAGACCGCAAACCAACUAUUGCGGCUACCAUCGGAACAAAGGUUAAAUCUGCCCAAGGUCCGAUCAGAUUCUCGAAUGUCAGCUUUGCCUAUCCAACUCGUCCAGCCGUCUCUAUUUUUGAUGGCCUUGAUUUCGAGAUUCCCUCUGGCACAAAUGUAGCGAUCGUAGGUCCGUCUGGUGGCGGAAAGUCGACGAUCGGCUCAUUGCUCCUAAGAUUUUAUAAUCCAACCCAGGGAGCCAUCGCAAUCAACGGUGUUGACAUCUCGACGAUGAAUGUCAAAUCACUCCGACGCCGAAUUGGAAUGGUUGGUCAAGAACCGGUACUGUUCUCUGGGUCCAUAGCAGAGAAUAUUGCAUAUGGCAAACCUCAUGCCUCGCGGUCUGAAGUCAUUGCAGCGGCUCGUAAGGCAAAUUGCCAAUUCAUUAGCGACUUCCCAGAAGGUCUUGAUACUCAGGUUGGAGCUCGUGGUGCUCAAUUAUCUGGUGGACAGAAACAGAGAAUUGCUAUUGCUAGGGCACUGCUCAAGAAUCCUGACAUUCUAAUCCUCGAUGAAGCCACUUCGGCUCUUGAUGCCGAGUCCGAGACUUUAGUCAACUCGGCCUUGGCUGCAUUGUUACGGGGCCAAAACACCACAAUUUCCAUUGCUCAUCGAUUGUCCACAAUCAAGAGAUCCGACCACAUCAUCGUUCUUGGAAAUGAUGGCAAAGUUGCUGAGACCGGCACGUAUAAUGCGCUGUCUGCCAACCAAGACUCUGCCUUCUCCAAAUUGAUGGAAUGGCAGAUGAGCGGUGGUGAUGCUGCCGACAAGAGAUCGAUGGAGCCUGAAGGCCAUUUGACAGAGACUGAAGAAAUAUCAGACGACCUUGUUCGCUUGAGCGAAGAGGAAGAGGGGGAAGGAAUCGAUGAAGAAGGUCUAAAGGCGCGUCAAGAGGAUGAAACAAAAACUGAGGCUGUGUUGGAGAAAGCAGGAAAGCAGACGAACUCUUCUUCAUCCGGCAUCGUCUUCUGA